GCCAAAAAUUACCUAACUAACCUUACAUUGCUAUCUAGCAAAUCGGGGAUAACUCGUGUGUUGACAGUUUCAAAAUUUCAACUUCGAGUCAUAUUUUUGGGCCAACUCUUCAAAAGAUAGCUAACAAGCUAGUUUGCUAGCUGCCUCGGGCAAGAACACCAUGGCAAGUGCGCCACCAUUGGAGACAGCAGUGCCUGUGGGGACUUCUCCACCUCCCUCAUAUGAAGAAGCCAUGAGUCAGCCAUACCCACAGUACCUACAGGGCCCUGUACCUCCUCCCCCGGGCUACACCAAGGACACUCAACAACCACAUCUCCCACAAGCCUGUGGCCCACCCAUAACCAUCCCACCAGCCACUAACCAGCCAGCCAUUUCUGUGCAGACAGUCGUUGUGCAGUCAGCUCUGGUGUUCAAGGAUCAGCCGGUGCAGGCACACUGCCCUGUGUGCUUGCAGAUGGUGAUGACACGCAUUGAGCACCACUCUGGAACGCUGGCCUGGCUCACCUGUGCUGGCCUCUUCAUCUUCGGUUGUUCCUAUGGUUGUUGCCUGAUUCCUUUCUGUGUGGAUGGCCUGAAGGAUGUGACACAUUAUUGUCCCAACUGCAACAAUGUCCUUGGAGUCUACAACCGCCUCUGAUGCCACAAGGCACACUGAAGACAUUAAAGGUGUGCAGGUGGACCAUAUUACUCAUACCACACAACCGCACUACUCACUCAAAUGAAGGGGCUUCUAUUUAAAUGGUCUGCAUGGCCAUUUUUGCCUAGUGAUUAGAGUUGAAGACGGCAUUAAAAGCUUUAUGUUAUGCAUGUAGUUACGUGUGUCAUAACUUGCAUCACUUUUAACUCCUUACAUUUUGCAGUAACUCCUCCAGUAAGCACUAACUCUCACUUCUUAAGAAACAUCAUUGAUUUUCUGACUUAACUUUGAAAGGAUUUUACUCACCCUCUAAAGUGUUUGACUGUGGUUAAAAACAACCACCAAAACAAUCUUCUGGCAUU